AUGGUGGCCGGAAAGCGAUACUAUGACGACGGCACCGAGGACAACGAUGAAGCCAAGCGUGUGAGAAAACUUGUGUCAGGGUUGACCGGUGGUGCUAGUGCCGGGAAUCCAGCUGACUACAUUUCAAUCGUACAAUGGGGAUUAGUUGAUGAGAAACGUGCAGAGAAAGAGAGAGGUCAUACUAUGAUCGAUCAUUUGCUUUCUCUCCAAGAAACCCAACCUGAGUACUACAGCGAUGUCACCAUCAAAGGGAUGAUCCUCUCUAUGAUAAGUGCAGGGACAGACACGUCAUCAACAACACUAGAAUGGGCAAUGUCAAGUUUGUUGAACCAUCCAGAGAUACUCAUGAAAGUGAGAUCUGAAAUCGAUGAAAAAGUCGGUUUAGAUCGGUUAAUAGACGAAUCGGACAUUAGAGAUUCGAAGUUAUGGGAGGAACCUGAGAGGUUUAAGCCAGAGAGAUUUGAAAAGGAAGGGGACAUUCAUAAGCUGAUGAUGCCGUUUGGGAUAGGAAGACGAGCUUGCCCUGGAGCCGGGCUUGCUCAGCGGUUGGUGGGACUGACUCUCGGAGCUUUAGUUCAGUGUUUCGUGGGAAAGGGUUGGUGA